UUUGUACAUACCGAAAAGUAAAAAAGGUACUGUAUAUCAAAAUCUCACAAGAUUUUGGGAAUUAACUCUUUUCCAUUUGCCGGAGUUCACGAUUUUCAAAGAAAUCAAGCAAUCAAAUUAUUAUUUUAGUAAAUUUUGUUUGGACUUUCCUAUUCUUAACCUCACUUUCUCCGAUAUUUUCAUAUUAUUGAGCCACAAAUUAGGGUUUUAUUACUGUACCCAAUAUAAAAAAAGAAGGAAAUCACUGAAGUUAAAAGACCCUUGGUCUCCAAGUUACAAAAAAGCAGGGUUUUUUUUUUCUUUUCUUUCUUUCUGAAAUACAAAAUGGAUUCCGUCCAAAACCAUUUAGAGAGAAUUUCGUUGCUUGAAGAACCACUGUGGAUGUCUAAUUCCCUGAGUGUAAACACCAAAUUCCUCGAUAUGAGCGAAUACCGAAGGCAGUUUUGCAGUGAAUCGGCGAGGUGGUUCCCGAUGCAGAUGGAGGGCGGCGUUAGUACUGUAGCGUCCAAAACCUCGGGUGAAGUUUGGAUUUAUGAUCCUUUACCUUUGAUAAGAUGGUUCAUGAACACGGAAGCCUGGAAAGAUAUUUUCUCAUGCAUCGUCAUUGAUACUUCAAUAGUGCCUGGUGGGAGACGGCUUCCUCCUCCAGAUAUCAAUGAAGACACAGAAUUAGCAGAAAUAGAGAUACAAGCUCAGUUGCAAUUACUCACUCCUUUGGUUGGAUUGAGAGAAACGAUAUUCAAGAGGGCUUGUUAUCGCCUGGAAGAUGGACGAUCAUGGCUAUUGGUGGAUCUUCCAAUCAAUGACUCAAGCCGCUGCCAGCUUCCUUUCAUUCGGAGCUGCCUUGUGUGUCCUUCAUCAAAUUUUCCGGGAGAAUGUAGGCGUCUAGCCCGCCUUGGGCAUUAUUACUACUUUGCUUCAGAAGCACGAAGGGCAACUCUAGAGCGGCUCGUGAUGCGUGCAAAGGAGAUGAAAAGACGCUUCUACUCCGGCAUUGCUUCUGCAACUCCACGCGCCUUACCAAUUGAUGAUGAUGCUCAUGAAUGCGUGUCCUUUGCCAUGGAUUCUAACUAUUGGGUUGCCGCCAAAUCCACCAAGUUCUGCGUGCAACAUCACAAGCUAUUCGAAUCGGUCCAGUCAGUAGAUUGUUUGGUUGGUGAGAAGCUUAUCGAGAUCCCCUCUGACGAGGAGGAGAAUUGCAUCUCUCUCCACCGCCACACCGAGCAUGUAGAUAAACGAAUGGUGCGUCAGACCUGUUUAGACGAAUCCGGAGGGGUUUUGGUGACCGCUCAAAUGGACUCAGAAUCGCUCGACAACGAAGACGAUGUUUCCACCGUUAUCACCUCUGCUUUUGGACUCAGCAUCCACUCGGAUUACGAUAGCUCCAUCCUCACCAUCAGUUAUGUGCAACCUCCCUCUUCCUCCUCCCAGAGCCAUUGGAAGAAGGAAAUUUCCAACGAGAUUUGCAACAUCAUUCAAGAUAUUGAGUUGCAGAAUUUGGUCUAGAGAAACUAUGAGUUGAAGAGUCAUCAUAGUUACUGCUCUCAACUUUGAGUCGUAUUCCUUUAACUCUCCCUCUAUCUCGUUUACAUUGCUCUCAACUUUUGAAUUUU